ACUCGUCACACAAGGCGGGAAGAAAAAAAUUAAAAUUAAAUUUGAGGUGUUGCAGAGAGGAAGGUGUUGCGGAGGACUGUGAUUGCAAUGGAGAGGAUUCACGUCAGCGUCCGAGCAAAGCCUCUCUCUCAAGAUGAUGCGAAAACAAGUCUCUGGAGAAUCUCCGGCAACUCCAUCGCCAUUUCCAACCUCUCCAAAUUUGAUUUUGACCAAAUAUUCAGCGGUAGUUGUGCGACCGCGGAAGUCUAUGAAGCUCGCACCAAGGAUAUCGUGGAAGCCGCAGUUCGGGGAUUCAACGGCACUGUCUUCGCUUACGGCCAAACGAACAGUGGGAAGACUUACACGAUGCGAGGCUCGAAAGCUGAACCUGGAGUGAUUCCUCUCGCUGUUAACGAUUUGUUUCGAAUCAUUCAACAAGACGUGGAUCGAGAAUUUCUUCUUAGAAUGUCAUACAUGGAGAUUUAUAAUGAAGAGAUAAAUGAUUUGUUGGCUCCUGAACAUCGAAAACUGCAGAUUCAUGAAAAUCUAGAGCGUGGGAUAUAUGUUGCGGGGUUGCGAGAAGAAAUUGUUGCCUCUCCUGAGCAAGUCCUUAAUCUCAUGGAGUUUGGAGAAUCUCAUAGACAUAUUGGAGAGACAAAUAUGAAUGUGUACAGUAGUAGGUCCCAUACUAUUUUCCGCAUGAUAAUUGAGAGUAGGGAUAGAAGCGAAGAUGGAGAAAGUGGCAGCUCUUGUGAUGCUGUCCGUGUAUCAGUGUUGAAUUUAGUGGAUCUUGCUGGGUCAGAACGUGCUGCAAAAACUGGUGCAGAAGGCGUUCGACUCAAAGAAGGCUCUCACAUAAACAAAAGCUUAAUGACUUUGGGAACCGUGAUUAAAAAGUUGAGUGAAGGUGCUGAGAGUCAAGGGGGUCAUGUUCCAUAUCGAGAUAGUAAGCUGACUCGAAUUUUGCAACCUUCUUUAGGAGGAAAUGCUAAAACUGCUAUAAUAUGUAAUAUCACUCUUGCGCAGAUACAUACAGAUGAAACUAAAAGCAGCCUUCAAUUUGCAAGUAGAGCAUUGCGUGUCACAAAUUGUGCUCAAGUGAAUGAGAUUUUGACCGAUGCUGCUUUAUUAAAGCGCCAAAAGAAAGAGAUUGAAGAUCUUCGUUCCAAAUUGAUGGGUUCUCAUUCAGAGCAUUUGGAAAAGGAGAUUCUGAGCCUUCGAAAUACAUUAUUACAGACUGAACUGGAAAGGGAACGCAUAGCUUUGGAAUUAGAGGAGGAAAAGAAAGCUCAAGCUGAAUGGGAAAAAAGAGUAAAGGAACAAGCCAAGAAAAUUGAAAAUUUGAGUUCAAUGGUUCUGUUUUCAAACCGGGAUGAAAGUCGUGAGCUUAUUAAAAGGGACAAGAGGCGCGAUACAUGGUGUAUAGGAAAACUUUCACAGGAGCAUCCAGGAAAUGUAUACCCUAUCAUCCAACCUAGUGCUUCUAAUGUAAAACCCAUGAGACCUAAUCGAGACAUGGGACCACUUCUUGCUUUUGAGGAACUUGUAAAUGAAGAUGUUUAUGUGGAUGAGCCCUUUAAGCAAAUGGACAAUAAUAAAGAUGAUGCAAACAACGAUUGUAAUCUCCCAAACCCUUGUUCUCUAUUGCAUGUAACAAACAGGAAAAAGGCACCGUCACAGAAGAAAAGCUUGUCAAUGCAGGAGGACAACAAAUUUCUAGAAUUGCAAGCAGAAUAUGAGAGUUUGUUUCUAAAAUUUGAAACUCAGAGAACUAUAAGUGAUAUACAGCUUGAGUCAUUGAGAAAACAGCUAAUUGAUUCAAAUUCUCUCCAUUCUAAGGAAUCUGUUGAAUCUUUAAAUUAUGCCCAUAAUGGUUGCUUGAUUGUUGAGAAAAAUGCGAAUUUUAGAGAAUCAGACGCUAUUCUUGUUAUCAAGAGACUUCAAGAGCAGAUUAAGGUUUUGGAAAUGGAAAACUUAUCAAGCCAACAAAGCCUGGAUAAUGUUGUUGAUCUGGUAACAGAGCAGAAUAUAUGUGCUAAGGAGAAAUACAAAGAGCUCUAUGAAGAGCUUAUAAAUGCACAACAGGCAGCUCGAUUGGCUAAUGAGCAACUUACUUCCGCUGAAACUGUGAGCAACAUUAAUGAUGAAAAUUUUGACUUUCCAAUCAGUGUUUCCAUGGAAAUUGAAGAAAUUGCAUCUGAAAUUCAAAACGCAAAAGAUGCUGUUCAAAGUGUUAUGUUUAUGGUGGAUGAUGCUAUUAAAAGUUUCUCUGCUCUCUCUGAUACUCUCCUUGUUUUCAAAACCUCAGUAUAUGAGGAUUCUGCAGAUCAAGUUUUAAUCUUGAAUAAUUCUCAGAAUUUGAUUUCUUGCCUAAGAAAGAAAAUAUUUGAGCUUGAGAGUGAGAAGGUUCUUCUAGACACCCAAGUAGCUGAUCUACAGAAGCAUCUUCAGGAAUCAAAACUAGAUGCUGAGAAGUCCCAAAAUUCUUUGUUGGAAAACUUAGAACAACAGAAAUUUGAAAAUGCAGAGUUGAUUUCUUAUAUUCAAGCUCUUGAAAAGGAUUUAUCUUGUUUGACAUCAUCUACAGUGGCCAAGGAUAGAGAAAUUACAAGAAAAGAUUUGGAGAAGGCUAAAACCAAAUUAAAAGAAACUGAGUCUAAACUUAAGAUUGCGAUACAAGAGAAAACAAAAAUUGAGGGUGAGAAAGCCUAUGCUGAGCGAGAGAUUAAACAAUUGCGUGGCCAAAUCUCUCUUCUUGAGCGUGAUAUCAAUAAACGUGAUUCACUUGCGGGAAGAAGACGUGAUUCAAUUGUUGAAAGGGGUUCUAAGAUGUUUGAUAGUAAAAGACCGAAGGGCCUAGAACAGACAUUACAGGAAGAGCACAAAAAACUGGAAGUUUUUGCAUUUGAAUCAGAAACAAGAAUUGCUUCGUUAGAAGAAGAAAUAACAGCUACGUUGAAGGAGAAAGAAGAGGUGAUAUCUAUUAAUGAAGGUUUGAUGUUAGAACUGGAAGGCUUGACUGAAAAACUGAACACAUCAACCACUGAACUAUAUCAUCUGAAGGAGGAAAUUUAUGCUCUUAAGCAAAGAUUGGAAGAAUCUGAUAUCAACCAAGAAAAUUUGAAAAGCUCUAUCAAAGUACUAAUGGAAGAAAAGGAAGAGUUGGCUAUGCAACUCACUGAUUCACUUUUGGAAAUAGAGGAGGAAAGGGCAAUAUGGUCUGCCAAAGAGAAAGCAGCACUUCUAGCUAUAGAAGAACACACAAAGUCAAACAAUAUGCAAAUUACAUCAUUAUCAACAAAAUUAUUAGAAGUAGGGAAUGAAUUGGAAUCUUGUAGAGAAGAAUGCAGAACCCUACGUGAAAGACUGACUACUACAUAUGAACAUUCACAUAUGAAGGAAAAUUUCGGGGAAAAGGUUUCAGAGUGGGAUCAACUGGAAAAUCACAUUGAAACAACCAAUGCUGAAAGCAAACAAUCUCUAGAACUAGAAGUGUCAAAAGCCACUUCAGAGGUACAACCUUUGGAGAAUGAUCCGCAUGACUGUCCCAUGGAAGAGAAAGAAAACGAAACUCGGAAGGAACUGGAUGUUCUUGAUAAAGGAGAUAAUCUAUCCAACCCGAACGCGAUUCAGAAUCUCGAGACCAAACUAUAUCAUUUGACAACAGAAAAAGAUAUCCUGACGAUAGAGAUGGAAGAUCAAGAGAAAAAAAUGGAAUUUCUGCGAAAGAAUUUCGAGGAUGAGUUAUCGAAGGGAAAGGUCCAGGUUGAAGAACUAAGACAGAAACUUUCUUGUAUGGAAAUCAAAAUGCAUGCGGAUGGUGUAACAAACAACAAAGAAAUGGCUAAGCUCAGAAUGAGACUCCGCGGAACACAAGCAAAACUGGAUGCUUUCCGUUGUAGAUACAAGGAAGCAAUCGAUGAAUCAGUUAUAACAAAUAAGAAGUAUAAAGACCAGUUGGCUUCACAAGGAGUACAAGUGCUUAACCUAAAGAAAGAGUUAGCAGCAGUCAAAGGGCAAUAGGAAAUCUGCAUGGUAUGUUAAAGGAUGCAAUCUCGCAUCUUGCCUCUUUGUUUAUUAAAAUUACAGGUCAGGCCAUCAUUCCCAAUGGUCUCAGUAAUUUGUAAUCUUAUUCCAGUUGUGAAAUCUUGAAUGAUGCGUGUUACAAGUUCAUACAAUUCCUCAUAAUAACUAUCAAUUUCCUGCAAAACAAACCCCCCUGAUAUUAUAAGAAACUCAAUUAGUAAAUUGUGACUUGGCCAUGAAUUGCAA